AGAGAACUCAAUAGCAUUGUUUCCAGCCAAGUUUCGUGAGAUCAUGUGGAUCAGACGAGGAAGCUUUUUAGUGAUUUGUAAAGGAAAGUUACUUCUAUGGUAUGUAAAGUUCUAUUCUCUGACCAAGUCUGUCUCCUUCAGAAGUCUGCUGAAUGGCCUGAAAUCUUCAGAGAUAAUAAGCCUAUUCCUGCUGAUGAAAGCUCUCAAAUAUCCAUGAGACAGCAAGACGGUGAGAUAGUUUUGGUUGAUGCGAGUGAUGAUGAUAGCAUGCCUCCAUCGGAGCAAACACAAACAGGUUGAGACCGUUUGGGUUGAAGUGUGGUGCAGAAUCAGAUUCUGGAUCAGAGUAUGAUUCAUUGAAACAUUGCUGUCAUGGCUUUCACAACAGGGUCUCUUAACUCAGAGAUUAAACCACCACUUACUUUGUACCCCUUGUUCAUCGCCAACCAAAAAAUAACCGUUGGUUGGUCAGGACCAGACGCCACUGGAAUGUGCACCAUUGGUUGUUGAGCUUGCCCCUGUGGUUAUGGCUUGAUUUGGAGAAUUAUAAACCAAUUUAUAAAGCCUUAAAAACUAGUUAAAAGCUUAUCAAAUGAUUCAUAAAGGUUUGUAAGUUAACUUAGAA